AUGCUAUUGUUAAACAUCGUUUCUACUUUCUACUUUUUAAUAUCCAAUUGUAAAUAUUUACGUUAAUGAUUAAUGCGGACGAAAACUCCAAAUUCUUAUAAAAAUAUGACAGACCUGGACAAUAUUGAUAGAUCACGUUCUGAACGAUCCUCUGUUAAUAUGGGAAGUGAUAUGAACCUCUACAAUGGAGCGAAAGUAGAUCCUCAACAUAACAGAUUCCCACACUGUAUUGUUUGGACCCCUAUUCCAUGUUUAACGUAAGUGGUGACUUCCAAUGCCAAUUGUAAGUAAAAGUACAGAAGAAAAGUAAAUAUAGUUUAAGUCAUUGAUAUUGGGUAGUUAAUUAACUUACUAGCUAGUAUAUAUUAUUAACUUACUAACUUAAUUCUAGGCACUUUUCUGACAGUCAGUUCAUUGAGUGAGUGAAAUUAGCAUUAUUCUAGUUCUAGGCCCAGGAGUCCUGGCAUGACUUUGACUUAAUUAAUAAUUAAUGAUUACACUUUAUUUUUAUUAUUCCUACCAACUUCUACCUCUACAUUCUUGUUUGCAAGAAAGUGAGACAACAUGAAUUAAUCAACAAUACACUACAAUACUACAAAGCACACCAAUGAUCUAAAGUAUAUUAAUAUUCUUUUUAUCAACGCUAACGCUGUGUGACAGAGGCUACUGCAGCCUGUCUAAGACAUAAUCCUUCUACAUUACAUUCUUAGCCUUGAGUACUUUAGAGCAGGUAGGGUUGCCAGACGUCUGGCAAAAGGAGGGCAUGUCCUCCUUUUUAGCUCAACAUUCUCCGCCCGGCAGGCAAAGAUAAAAUCUUUUAAAAUGUCCGGCUUUUCUUACAUUUUAUAUUAUAAUUUUUUAUGUAUCGUUGAUACAACUAUUAGAUCGUAUUUUUAUGUUUUUACAAUGUACAAAGUCUAUGCAUUUCUGCGAACCAGUAUAUUUUAGUCAUUCUAACAAUCUAGCUCUGUGCUGUAUUAUCUAUGGUCAAAAUGUUAAUGUUAUUUCCGGUUCCGGCAACAAAGACACAAAUUUAUAUGUUUUUUUUAAAUUUGCAAUUUUUGCCGUCUAUGUUUAUGAAAAUGGCUUCUACAAAGAGAAAAUGCAAAUACUCGAACACUAUGAAAAAUAAGUUUCCUUGCUUCGUUGAAAAAUGCAAUGAGAAUGAGGCAAAGUGUACGAUUUGCGAUAGUUACUUGUCCUUUGCCAACAAAAGAGCUACAGACUUGGAGCGCCAUGUUGACAGUGAGGGACAUAGAAACCUAAUCAAAGUGUCCGCAUGAUCGAACCAGUUGACGUCUUUUUUUCAGCCUAAGUAUUAAAAAUUAAUAAAGAUUAUAAGGUAAUGAUUGUACAAUUGGCUAUUUAAAUGAUGUUUUUUUGACAUUUUGAAAAAGGCGUCGAUUGAAUUUGUUUUUUUAACUUGAUUGUUUCUUGGUCGAUUCACUAAGAGUAAGAUACACUUAAUUGGCUGCUAUUACAAUAAAAUUGUGUUGACGGUGAGUUUAAUCCGGGACGACUCAUAUGAAACAUUCAAAAUGUCCUCCUUUGUCCUCUUUUUUGUUUUAUUAUGGCCUCCUUUCGGUGUCCACAUAUCUGGCAACCCUAAGAGCAUGUGGGUCCAAACUUUUUUGAGUCAUGGCAUACUUUCUGUAUCCAGGUUUCUCCAAGGCUUUCAAUGUCAAGUUCAAACAAGUUAUGCCUUAAAACCUUUAAAAUUGCUAACUUUAUGACAAAACUAUUUACCAUUUGUGUAUAAGUAUAAGCCUGAUUAACUUUUGUGCUUUAAAACACUUUACAUAAAAUUAAUGUUAUUUUUUAAUAUAUUUUAUUAUUGGUAUACCGGUACAUUUUUAUUUUUGAUGCUUACUAUAAAUUUUAAACACAAUUAACAUUUUCUUAAAAAGGUUCUUCUCCAAUUUGGGAAUGAAAGCAGAAUAUCAUCCCUAAAAUAUGAUAACUAUUUUUUUUCAAAUUUAAAAAAAUCCUGUAUACAUUCAAGUUAAAAAAAAUUAUUGUAGUUUCUAUUUUAAUUUUUACACUUUUUCUUUUGUUUUAUUCCAGGUGGCUUUUACCCAUUAUUGGGCACAUGGGGAUAUGUACCACAUCAGGGGUUAUAAGAGACUUUGCUGGUCCAUACUAUGUUUCAGUGAGUCAUUAAAAAAACAAGAAUCUUAGUAAACAACACUAUUCUUAUUUUAACUUCAAUAAUUGUGAUAAAUUAUUUUGGCUGGAGUCAAUUAAUGUUUGAUAGGAUUUAUAAUUAAUAUUUAAACUAAGUCACAUUGCAUUCAUUCACUUAAAAAAAAUCUUAAGUGCAUUUAAAAUACAAAAAAUGUAAAAGAAUUAAGAAAAAAAUAAAUCCAUCCCAAUAGAUGUAUUGAUUUGUAUAGGGUGCUGGGUGGCAGCGCGGUCUAGACUGUCUGAUACCAAAUAACUGAUGGUCAAAGCCAACAUCCCAAGCACCCCGGGUGGAUGGGACUUGUUAGCCUUGGACGGCAACCCAUCUAAGAGAAGGCAAACUCUGAAUUUAAACCAGGAGCCAGAAUAAUCAACAAAUUGAUCGUGGGUCCCUCAAAUAAAAGAAGAAUGAUUUAUAUUUGAAGUACAUAUACUGUGUACAUGUACUCAGCUACAUUUUCACUGUGUAAAAUAGACUUGCUCAUUUUCACAUGCAAAGGACAAACCACAUAACAACAUGAAGUACACGUAUCAAGACUGUAAAAGAGCAGAUGAACAAUGUAACAUAAAAAUGAUCAAGUUACAAUAGGAACACAUUGAACUAUGUACAUGCUAUGGUUGAUUCAAUUGAUUAAAUUUUUUAUUCCUAGGAAGAUGACAUGGCUUUUGGAAAACCUGUAAAGUAAGUCCCCCAACAAAAAAUAAAAUAAUUAAAAUCUUAACUUCCUUUCAACAUUGAAAAUUUAAACAGUGUUAAUUUUGUUUUAGUUUUCAAAGAAAAUUAAAAAGCUCAAUGAUAAAUUAUAGUAUAUAUAUAAUUUCAACUGUCGGUAACUCUGACUAGCUUCCCCUUGGAAAACACCCUUUUUUAACACUCUUUGUAAAUCAGUAUAAGUUUAAACAUGAGAGCUUGAACAGAUUACAAUGUUUCUAUUGGGUCUAAAAUAUGCUCGUAUACAUUAGGUAUGUAAGAUGUAACAUAUUGGUGGUCUUGUUUCCAUGAGCUACAUAUGGUCAAUGAUCCAAUCUAUGCAAUUUUUUAUUAGAUGCUAUUCAGUCUGGUUUAAAUUUCCAAAGGCAGUGGUGCCUAAACAUUUUGAGCCACAACACCCUUGCAACAUUCCUUUUUUUGUUCCCAUGGUUUGCUAAAUAAAAUUCUAGAUAGUGCACUGCGAAAUUGCAAUUUAUUUAACACUUACUCUCUACUCCCAUUUCCAUCUUGUGGGGCAUAAUUUUUUUUGUUGAUCACACGUCACACUUUCAUUAGAUGGAUUGAGUCUUCCUCAUGCUGACCUAAAAGGUCGCCUGAGUGGAUGACACAGAGUUACAGCUCCAGUAAGCUGGGUCGAGGGAAGGAGAGGUUGGGGUGGUGAGUGAUGGGGUGGUGAGUGAUGGAUAAGAAAAGGUGAUUAAAUACUUAAAUCUCUGGGUAAAGAACUAAAUCACCACAGCUGGGAUUUUUUAAGCAUUGAUUGUUCAAAUUUUUAAAUUCUUUUGUGGAUACCUUAUAUAUUAAAAUUUUCAUUCUAAAAAUAAAGGAAAAUAAAUUAUAAAAAAAAAAAAAGACUUUCUUUUCAAAAUUACAAAUCAGAAGAAAUAUUUCAAUAAAUUGACUUGACUUACUUACAACAAUAUUCAGAUCAUAAUACUAAGUCAACACUAAAAUGCGCUAAACCAAUAGCAUGUCAUGUAAGAGAAACUACAAAAACAAUAGAUAAACUAAGUUAUUUUAGAGUGCUAUCUAGUUUAAGGUUCAACAAAGUUAUUACUAAGUACUUAAAUUUCGCUAGAUGUUGUGCAAUAUUACAUUUUGAAAUUUUGUUAACACCUUGCAAGGCACUGAGCACGCGGUUAGGGAAACUCUGUCCUAUAGUUUUAAUCUGCUUGUUAAUGUCUUAGUUCAAUACCCUAUCUAUAUAAUAUAAUUUAAAAUUAGUGUUCACAUAUUUCUAUUGAUUCAUACAUUCAUAGGUAUUGGCAAAUGGAUCUUUCUAAAGCAAGGAAUGGCAAAGACUCAUGGGAUAGAUCUGUAGCCGAAGCAUCUGAAGAAUACAAACAUAGAAUGGUAAGGGGUUGUUCAUAACGGACGUCUGCAAUAAAAAUAUGCAUCUUUCCACCACCCCCCCUUUCUUCCCUUUGUUCUCGCUUGUUCACAUGUGUUUUAACACCAUCCCCCAUCCCUCCCAGGUUGUGGACAUCCACAUACAGCAUUUUACAGUGCGAAAUGCCAGGAAGAAUAAUAACAAUUGUAAAGAGCAAAGAGUCAUUCUAUUAAAGUCAGCAAGAUCUGAAAAGAGAAAGUUAAACAAAAACUCGCAUUGUUUACAUGUGUUGACAAAUAACAACAAAAUAUUUUGAGUGAUUUCCCUUAUGAAGUUUUUACUGAAAUCUUGGUGGUUUGAAAUGAAAUUUUUUCUGCAUUUGCACAAAUAGAUCAGCCAUACAUGCAUGAGGGUAUAAAGCAGCAUGUAACAAUAAAAAUGGUAAUGUCUGCUAGAUUUUAACAACCCUCCUUCUCCCUUUCCCAUCAUCUGCAGUCAUCUGCUCUUGAACGAAACAGUCCCUCCCACUCUUUGGAUGAUGUCCUUUGUGAAAACCCCUAAGUGUAAUCUUGGAUUAUAAAUGCUUUUUUGGGGUUAAUGCUCAUGUGCUGUAAAGUGUCUGCUACGGAGAUUUCUUUCUUUAAGCCCCUGAGGUUGAGAGAUAAUUGGGUAAAAACCUGGCAACUGCUUAGUUUUAAAUUGUUUUCUUAGCUACUUUUUUUUUUUCUGGCACGUCAUACCCUUUUGAUUCUCUCUCUUAAUAUAAUCUCUGAAUAAUAUUGGUGUAGAAUUAUAAUUACUGAUGUCCAAGCAUAUAAAAACACUACAAGAAUACAAUAUAUUGAUUGAAGAAAAAAAACAGUUUGUAAAAUGUGUAAUGGUAUUAAUAUGAGUAAAUACGAAAGUGAAAUUAUUCCAUCAUAAAAUCAUAUAAAGAAAAAGUCAAACAGGCGGUGAAUUUUUUGCUUGUUAUAUCAUCAAAACCAUAUAAUUUGUUUUUCUGUCAGCAUGUCCUUUGUUUUGACAAUUGCCAUUCUCAUGUUGCCAUGGCCCUGAAUUUGAUGAACUACAAUGGAAGCAGCAGCUGGAAUAUGAUUAAACUCUGCUUUCUCAUGUUGAUACAUUCAAAGUACAUCAGGUAUUUAUGCACCAGCUUUAAAACCACUUUUAUUUGGUAACAGUGCAUUUUUGAUGAAUCUAUCUCUUUGAGACUGAUAGAAUCAAUAAAAUUAAUCCCCUAAAUGUUUUUCUGAUGCACAGCUUAUAAAAAAUAAGUGCAUUUAAUUUGUUACAGUGUUUAAUUCAUUUAUAAAAAAAAAAAACUUGUGAUAUAUACAUCUCAGAUUGAAGUCCCAAUAGUUUGGUAGUUGUCGCAACGUACCAUAGAAAAAAACCAGGGUAUUUGAUAAUGGUCACAUAAUUUACUUAUGAGACAAGGCAUGUCUAGACAUAUGAGGAUACUCAAAAUGAUAGAACACAGACCACAACUUGCUCAUUGACAGAAGAUGUCUUUAUUUCUAAAUUAAUGUAAACUCUUUAACCAAUUAAUUUAAAUUUCCAGUUUCAUUUAAAUUUGUUGCUCACUAGCAGCCAACAAAAGGGACAUAAAUCAUUGCAAAUACAAAAUGGCUUGUUUUUGGUUUGAAUUCUAGAUUCUGCAAAUCAGGCAAUUACAAUCCAAUAUGUCUGGAUGUUUCAAUGGUUAAUAACUUUUUUGUUGACAUUUAUUAUUAUUUUUUUUUUGUGGAGGGUUGUGUAGAGGGGAGAUCUUUACAUUUGAUAUUAAUUAAAUUUUGUUUCUUUAUUCAUUUCAGUUUUUGGGGUUUCAUCAAGACUUGGCUACCCUUCCUCAUCAUGGUCGGUGUAAUUAUUGGUAUCAUAUUUCUGACAAAAGGCACAUAAUGGUGAUAUAAUCUCAUAACUUAAAAAUAAAAAAUCUGAUAAGUAUGUUACCGCAGUGGUUCUCAACUCUUCAGGACAUCGAACCUGAAUUCAUUUGUUUAUAAUUAUUAUAACUCAGUCCAUUCAGCACAUCCCAUUUUCCAAUACUUAUCCUGGGCUCUAUAUACCCCUAGGAGUCUGAUAAAUAAGUUUUACUGGCUCUUUGAAAAGUGAAAAAUUAUCAAAUUUUUCUAACAAGAAAUGUAAAUGGAAUAUUCAUAAGCUCAUAGCUGACAAGAACAUCACUGAGGAUCAACGGUAACAACAGGUGAAAGACCCCUUGAAGCUUUAAAAGAAAUUUAAUUGUAAAGAGUUUCUAAAUAGGCAAAAACUGUAUGAUCUUAUAUAUAUAUAUAUAUAUAUUAUCUCUUAUUAUCAGUAAGUACCUGCUGUAAGGUUUUAUAGAGUGUUGAGUCUUGAAAUAAAACAAGUACCUUGUAUUUAGCUUUAAAUAAUUAUAAUUUUUAACAUUGCAAAUGGGGAAAUUUUUAACAUUUAAAUUUAAAGCAAUGAUAAUGGUUUGAAAAAUAUAAUGAAAGUUCAGUUGUUUUUUUUCUUCUUCUUCUAUAUUUUGAGGGCCAACAAUCAAUGGAUUAAUCAUCCUGGCUCCUAUGUUUCAAAUUUUUACCUUUAACAAUCAUAAAUAUUUUGAUUGCAGUUUGGGUUCACCUUUUUCAUAGUGAGUAAUUAUUCAUUUUAUAUGUAAGUUUCAUUAUUUGCACUUGACUUUCUCAUUUGAAGACCCACACUGUUUGCCAUUCUGUAUAUAUAUAAUUUAAAAACUAAAAAAUGAUCACCAUGAUCACACGUUAUGUCAUGAGUUGAGAACCCUUAAAAAUAUAAAAAUAACCAUUCAAGAGGUUGAUUACUGUUACUGUACAAAUUGUGCACUGAGACUUUCUGUGUUACUAUGAAAUUGUACUAUCAACUUUCCUGUUCCUUAAGUCCCACUGAAAAUUAUAUUCCUAAAUGGCAUCAGAGCCAAGAUUGUAAAUUUUGUUUAAAAAAUGCAUUGCUAUUAAAGUGUGUUUAAUUUAUGAGUCAUGUGAGUAGGAUGAUUUAGUACAGUUAAUCUGGACAUGUUUGAGCCAAGUUAUUAAAUCAGCAGUACAUCAGCAGUGAAUAAGUUGGCUCAAACAUGUAUUUUUGCAGUCUCUUUUGCAGUCUUCUCGCAUCUAAAAAGUAUUAUGAUCAUAUGCUUUCAGUUGUCUAAAAGAUAAGACACCUUUAUUGAUCUAAAUUAAUGGAAUUUUUUUUUCUUUGUAUCAUCCUCCAAAUUUUUUAAGUCUUGAAAAUCCUAGUUUGAGUUUUUUGUUUUUUCUUAAAAAAUAGCUAGUUUGUUGAAUAGCUGUGUGGUAUGAAUAACUAUUGAGUUCUUGAGUGUGAGUUUUAAUUUUGAACAGAGUCUUGGCUUUUUCUUGGAACUGUAGUCUUGUUUUCUAAUUCCAAUAACAUUUUCCUUAUGUCUGUAACCUUUAUUAAAAAUAUUUUUUCAAUGCAGGCUUUUUUUGUGUGUGGAACAAGGGAGAUAAAAGUGUUCCAAAAAAAUAAAUAAAAAUAAAAUACAAAAAAAAUGAGGGAAUUUUAUAUUUGAGAUGUCUACUUUAUUAAUUAUUACUUUAUUCCAUUUUUUAAAUUUCACUUUUUCAUUGUAUGUUUUUUAUUAGGAAUAAAUAUGUACCAUUUAAAGGCA